ACCUCUCUCUCUCUCUCUCUCUCUCUCGCAGUUAUUCAGCUACUGCAACACCCGCCAUUGAGAAAAACCCUAAAUUACUCGUGGAUUUCAGUUCGGAAACGCAAAACCCCAAUUGGGUUUUACAAGUUUUAUGGAAGAUUACACUCUCGUUGCGAGGAAGUCUUGUUUCGGCUUGCCCACUGCUUGCCCUUUAUGCUUGCCCGUCUACUUCUACCUCAAACUUACCAACGUUCCCUUCCGAUUAGAUUUCAAUCUCACCUACCCUGACUCUGAUAAAAUCCCUUAUAUUGAAUCUGGCGAGUAUGUGGCCUAUAAUAACGAGAAGGGUGGCAUUAUCGAAAGACUAAAAGAAGACCGUAUUGCUGAUUUGGAAACUGAAUUUCACUCAAUACCAGAAUGGAUAUCUACAAAGGCAAUGAUUAGCUCCUGGGUUUCUGAUGCUCUUACGUAUGAACUCUGGGUUGGAACACAUGGUAAUUCUGCCAAAGAGAUAUAUUAUUCUGAUCUCCCAUGGCCAAUUGGAAAGAUUCUAUAUUAUAAGAAAUCUUACACCGUAAAGCAGCAGCUUGGGAUUACUAAUGACAACGCUGAGAAAAUAGAAGAACAGACAUACAGGAGAGCCAGCCUUGCAUUUGGAGCUCUAUCAAGUCGGUUGGAGGAACAUAAGUUUUUAUUUGAAGACAGGCCGUCAAGUUUGGAUGCUCUCUUUCUUGGGCAGGCACUUGUCAUUCUUCAAGCAUUACCAGAAACAUCGGUACUGCGGAGCAAGCUUUUAGAACAUGAAAACCUUGUUAAGUAUGCUGAUAGGCUUAAGGUGGAGUUCAUGGACGCAGGUUCUUCAUCUUCAGUCCCAAAUUUUCAUGCAAACCCUUCAUCAGCAGCUCCUAGAAGAGGUCCUUCAAAUUCGAGUUCUAAGCCCAAGAGCAAACCCAAAAGGGAAAAGACAAAGGAGGAGAAAAGUUUUAAGAGCAGGGCCAGAUAUUUUAUAAUAGCACAGCUAGUUUCAGUUGUACUUUUCGUCACUCUUCUAAGCCGAGUUGAUGAGGCUGAUGCCGAGGUUGAUGAUGAUGAUGGCUAUGAAUAGUUGUGUUCUUAAGACCAGCAUUUUUUACACAAAAACCAGCCAGGAUUAGCAGCCGGACGUUGAAGAGAUUUUUUAUGUAAUCCCGUUCUUUCGAUUUUGUAGUAUGAUGUGGAGAAAUUUGGAAAAAUAAGCACCUUUAUAAAUACAUGAUAUGAUUUAUUGGAAAGUUCAAGUUAGAAACCUAUAAUUUUGAUUUUUGAAGCAUUGUUGACAAUUUUGUAAAUUUCAUUGAAUGUGAAUUGGUGAGAAGGGUUUAACUGUGAUGCAA